GGGAAUGUUCGACGUGAACCGAACUCCCUCAUGACUUUCACUUCUACGACCAGACGGAUUUGCUGCACUGAUAAUUAAGUAGAAUUUCCCUCUUGUGAACGAAGAUGUCAGAAUACUAUGAAAUUUUAGACGUUCCAAAAAGUGCAAGUGAGCAAGAAAUCAAGAAAGCGUAUCGCAAAUUAGCUCUGAAGUGGCAUCCAGAUAAAAAUCCAGACAACAAGGAGGAGGCGGAAGAAAAAUUCAAAUUGAUAUCAGAGGCGUAUGAUGUUCUGUCAGACAAAGAAAAAAGAAGAGUUUACGACACAUAUGGCAAAGAAGGUCUAGAAGGAGGUGGAGGAGGAAGGCCAAGUGGAGGAGGAUUUGGGGAUUUCCAUACUUUCCAUUUCCGUGAUCCAGACGAGAUAUUUAGAGAUUUUUUCCUGAAUGAUUCAUCCGUUUUUGAAGAUUUCUUUGGAAGAAAUAGAAACAGCAAUCAGAGCAGGUUGAGACCAAGAGACCCUUUUGGAAGCUUCCCUAGUUUUGGCCUCAGCUCAAGUUUUGGGUUUGGCAAUGGAUUUGGCAGUGAUCCUUUUGGGUCAAACAGCUCUUCAUUUUUCCAGAGUUUUGGUGGUGGGGGAUUUGGGGGUGGAGGAAAUUUUAAAUCCACUUCCACGUCAACAAAAGUUGUUAAUGGAAAGACUGUAACAACAAAAAAAACUGUUGAGAAUGGAAAAGAAACUCUCGAAGAAUGGGAAGACAACAUCUUAAAGAGGAGAGUGGUGGAUGGAACGCCACAGCUCACAAACUGAGACGAGUGCUUCAUAUGAGCAUUAAAUAACAGAAUUUUGGAACAGGAGCUGCCGAGAAUCUUCUGUUUGCUCUAUAGAAUAGAAUUGCACGGGUUAAAAGUAAUACUCAUAUUUCUUUUUAAGUUAUUAAUCGUAUUGUGAAGUAUUUUUUUAUAUGGAAAAGUAAUCUGUCAAAAGAUGCUUGAUGUUUCCAAACUAAUACCUUUACUCGCGGAAAUGAAGCUAGAGUUGAUCUUAUAAAAUAUCUUUCAAAUCUGAACAGCUGCCUAAUUUGGCGUCAAUCAAUUGAUAGCUUAUCAUUUGCGCUAUGCUAGUAAGAACCCUAAUUUGUUUUAAAGUACUGUAGUGGUUCUCUUUGUCGGGAAUGCGCGAUUAGUUGAAACGACAAUGUUGAUGGCAUCUGGUGGUUAUUGAGCUCAGCUGAAUAAUAUACAUGUAGCGCUUUUAUUAAUUAGCAAAUUUUGCUUAUAAAAGAGAGCGAUCAGUGUUUUAAGCCAGGUACACGACACUCCUCUCUGCCAAGUACAACUAAAUAAAAAAGAAACUGUGUAUUUGAACAUU